CAAGCACGAGUUUCGAGAGGAAAACAACAUUGGGAUUUCUCUCUCUUUCUCUCCUUUUAUCCACUUUAUUCGUUUGUUCAUCGCAUUCGUACUCACUUGGUCGGUUAAGUAUGAACUCGCUGAGCAGGAAUGUGGGUCGUUUAAUGAGAAUCAACCGUAAUUUGAACAGAUAUGAGAGAUUAGCACAGAAGCUGUACUCGCCUGUUUCCGCAUGUGAUAGGCCUACACUAGCGGGAUGUAGGCCUAUAAAUCCUUAUAUCCCUGUGUUAGCUAAGUUCUUCUCUACUCGUGUUAAAGAAGAACACGUUAAGUUGGGUAGUUUGGAGUACCAUGUUCAUCCAGGAUUUGGGACAGUGAAGGCCAUUGGAGAAGGGGUGGACUAUGUUAUAAAACCUGCGAAUCCACAGGAAUUCCCCGAUGCCGACCGUGCGUUUGUCAGCAUUUACGGCACUUCCGACUCCUCCUUGGACACCGUGAAAGUAGAUCUGUUGGGAGAGAAGAAGGAUACGCUGGCUGUGUCCUCGUCUCCUGGGUCAUCGAGGCUGUACUGUGAGAUUGAGGUUCCAAUAAAGUAUGAUAUCAGCGCCAACCUUCAGAGUGAUGCCUGCCUCCAGAUAGUGGGCAUGGAAGCCGACGAAGUGGAUGUCACAACAGAGGACGGAGAAGUGGCGACGCGCGGUCUCAAGAGCCAUAACAUUCACAUCAAAACAAAGCAUGGGAAUGUCACGGCAGACGGAACACUACAGGGCAAUAUUUUCAUCAUUGCUAAGUCAACGAACCUGAAAGCCAAAAGACUUCAAGGACUGAAGAUGAACAUCAUAGCCGAAGAACUGAAUACAAAUGUGCAGUCUUCUUACAUGAACAAGGGUCAGAUAACGGCACAGCGAGGAGACAUCGUCAUUAACCACUUGCAUGGCUCGACCUCGCUUACACUGAAGCAGGGAAAGCUCUCUCUGAAUGGGCUGCACGGUCACCUAAUAGGGUCAGUGGGUUCAGGCAAAGUGGACGUACAAGUGACGGAAAUAACUGAAGACUCUUCACUCAGCUUACAGGAAGGGAGCUUGGUUGUGUCCGUUCUAGAUGAGCCAAGGCAUAACCUCCAUGUGACAGCCCCAUCUAUGGACAUAUCUGAAGAAAUCUCCUCCGACGCUGCUGCCUCCAUCACCAGUACCUCUCUCACACUACAAGCAGGAGGAGGCGCACAAGCAAACACCUUCUCUGCUGAAGUGUCCAAGGGCUCAGCCAAAGUACAGAGACAAGACUGGUUUGCCACUUUGGGGAUAAAGAUUGGCAGUUAGGUAGACAUGGCUAAAGCUGCUAAAAUCAUGGGCAAGGAUAGACUGUUGGAUUAGAAGGGAGUCUUUGAACUGAGGAGGGAAUGAAUAUAUUCUGGUAGUCUAUUAAUCUGUGAAAUUCACGAGUGUGAUAUUUGAAUUGUACAUAUUAGUUCAAGAGAAUUCCAGUUCUGAUCUCAUAUAGGUUGGUUGUUAUGAUCAUUGUUUGUCAUUUGGAUAGAAUGAAAAGAGUGUAGUUGUAACAUGUUUUGUCUUAUUUUAGAUACUUUUUAGCUUAUGAAAUAUGUGUUUAGGGGGAAAGAGGUUACAUAUUUCAGUCUCAAAAGUCUUGAAUAUCUUGGAGCAUGUAAAAAAAAAAAAAAAAAAAAAAAUGUUUCUAGCAUAUUUUAUAUAUUGCUCAAGACCUUUUUUGAUAUUUUUCAGUCUACCUCAGUCAUGUGAAUCAUGCAUGGGUGAUGACAAGCAUUUUGUUCUAGUCACAUGAGUGAAUAUGUUUUGUCUGUUUCAAUGUCAUUACAUGUAAUUAUUAUUUAUUUAUUGACAUGUAUAAAUGUAUGAUGUACAUAUCAAAAAUAUAUGAUCUUGUUCCAAA